AUGAACAACAUGCAUAACUCCCAAUCAAAUUCUAACAUCAACAUUAAUGAGCUUAAAAGAAGGUAUUGUCAAUACAAACCCCAAAUGAGAAGAGUUGCUGACGAGUUUAAUUACUCCAUGAAUUCAAAAAGAAGAAUAGAUAGUUCAUUAUUUUCGUGGAAACACCAACCAACAGAUAGAAAUGGUGAAGAAGUUAAUGAUUCGUAUGAGAAUGAAUCUAAUGAAAAGGCAUUAAUAUUAUAUGAAGACCCAUUAAAAAUAAUAAAUGAUACAUUCAUGACGAAACAAAAUAAUUGCUCUGUUCCAAUGAAUACUGAAAUUUUUAUGGAAUUAUGUUAA